AUGGCUUUGAGUAUUUUCUGCCUGAUUGAAGCCUGCAUUUUGAUGCUUAAUGCACUAGCUAUUCUCAACCCCAAAUAUUUUUUACGAAAAUACAGCUUGGACUCAAUUGAACAAUUUGAUUUGCCGUCGGCGCCAUGGAAAAAGCAGCUGGCUUUUUUGCUUUACUCGGCAAGGACAUAUGGAAGGGUUCCUUUGAUUUUCUUUAACUUGAUGAUCAUAUCUCUGGAACUGCUUAUAGGCUAA